AUGAAGCCGCAGAAAGAGGUGCGAACAACUAGGAACCCGGUCGAACGGCUGCCGGCCUCCAGGUCGCAGACGCCUAAAGAGCAGGAGCGGCGGGAGAGGGGCGCAGCCUUGCCGAUGGCUGCCCUGGGCGGAGAGGCUGACAGCGCCAGUGCAGAGGAGAUGUGGAAACUACCGCUGGAGCCGACUGAACGAUUUAUUAAACCACCAACUAACAUGAUUGAAUGCUCACAGUGUGCCCGAUUCCUCAAAAAGUGUUUGUGUCCAUUUCUAUCAGUGCAUCCUCUGCACAAAUCUACCUACUUGUACGUAAUUCAGCAUCUGGCAGAGGUGGGUAAGAUUUUAAGAUGUGUUCCUCUACUAGCAGCAUGCCUUCCUUAGGACAAAUGUAAAGUCAAGAUUGGUCGUUGCUCCAGUGAAGAAAGAGGUCCUGAACUUUCAAUGGUUUAUAAGAAGUCUGGUACAUUAGUAUUAUAUCUAGGGGCUAACGCUGCUCAUUUGGAGGAAUUUAUAUUAGAGUCUCCUAUUUAUCAGUCCACAGUCAUCAUCAUCGAUGGUACAUGGAGCCAGGAUAAGGACAUUUUCUAUAAGAAUUCCUUGUUCCGACUGACCAAACAGGUGCAGUUAAGUAGUAUUUCUAGUCAUUAUGUCAUUUGGAUACAGCCAUCUCAUAGGUGCCUGUUUACUUUUCAUCUUGGAGAAAAUGCAGCUGUUGCUUUUUCCAUCUUGGAGAAAAAUAAUUACAUACAGCAGACUUUGCUUUGCCCUCUUCAAGCUUUAUGUUCUUUCCAGCUUCAGCAUGGAGCUCGAAUUCUCCUCAGCAAGGAACACCUUCUGAAAAAUGGAUUAUAUUCUAAGCCAACGCCAAAGAACAAACACAGACUCAGGAAAAUGGAACUGUUAAUGAACAGUGUUAAAAUUUAG